AUGAGCUACAACCUUGCUGCACCCUCUAUGUUCUCUAGUGAAACUGGCUCCUUUUCAGGAGCAGGCGACUCUGGAAGAAAGGACCAUCGCACCAAGGCUUGCCGCACUACCCGAAAUGCCAGAGUUCCAAAAGUAGACGACGGCCAGGUAGUGUCGUACGUGCGCCAGCUAAUGAAGGGCUAUGAUAUGACGUGGGAUGAGGUUGUGGAAAUGCUUGUCGCACUGCAUGGUAGUCUGGAGCGUGCCGUGUGGUCAAAUGAGAUGGGUGAGGCUGAAGCCAAAGAGAGGCUCAAUCGGUUGAAUGCGCCUCCAGAUGGAGUGGAAUUCGGUGCCAUCGGUCGUAAACCCAAGCCCGGAGAAGAGGUGACUGCCACGCGACUAGGGCCCAACCUCUCGAUCCGGGUUUGGCCUGGUGAUCAUAAUGAUUGCUAUGCUUUUGAUUUUGUGAAUGGUCAAGGCCAAUACAUUUGCACACCCGAGGACAUCGAGAUCUGGUCUAUGCCCUCCGGACUGGGCAUGCCUGCUCCCGUUCGGUCCAUCGAGGCGUCGGUAGGGUUCCUAGCGACCCCCUUCUUCAAUCUGGACAUUAACAAGGGCAAGUUCAAACCUGAUUUGAAUUGGGAGACCUAUAUUAUCCCGCAAGGCACCACCCUCCGUAUCAUGCAAUGCAGACAUGAAGAUUGCUUUCUUGCAAUACCUUCGUGGGAGAUGAAUCCCGCCAAUGUCCUUGUUCUCCAGCCUUGGGCACCUAUGCGAGACUGA